GAGUUACCCCUCCCCUUGAUUCCCCUCUUACUGAAACUGAUCCAUGUUCACGCUCAUUUUACUACAAUAUUCGAAUGUACAAAUCAGCAUUAGCUUUUACAUCUAUAGAAGCAAAGAUUGAUCCUAAAAUUACUAGAACUAGCAGCAUUUACACCUUUUGUAUUUAUGUAGUUGCUAUUAUUAUGGUAAAAGAUACACAAGGUGCAGAACAGCUAAAUCAGGAUAUUAUGCUGCAUAUACAUGAAGAUGGAUUGCAAUGGAUAUCUGAAUUACAUUGCUGUUAUACUCCACUUCAUUAUGUCCUUAUGUUUCCUAGAGGUAAGGAUGGGUGGCAUUCUAAUAUUCCAGUAUGUGAUACUUCUAAUAAUAUACAGUAUAAGGAGGAAUCUGAUAUAAACAAUGAGAAUGAAGAACAUAAGUCAAAUAAAUGUGUUACAGCAAUGAACUAUUUUGCUUAUCGUCUUUAG